GCGCGGCGGGAAGCAAUCGGAGCUUGGGGGAGGCCUCCGAGCCCGCUGGGACUUCCCGCCCGAGGGCCAAGUAGAGCCCCGCAGAGGAGGACAGCGUAGGGGCGGCGGCCUGGGCCCCCGGGAGGCCCGGAAAGUGUGGACCUGCGGGAGCCCAUCCCGGAGGAAUGGAGUGUGUGUCGUGUGGGUACGUCUCCAAGGACAAGGCCCCCAAGUUCUGCAGCCAGUGUGGACAGAGGCUGCGUCAGGCAGCCGAGCCAGAUUCUGAGAACAACCGCGGCGGCGAGGCAGCGGCAGCGGCAGCCCCGGAGGGAGAGGUGGAGCCCGGGCAGGAGCUGAGGGAGGACGGCGGCCCUUUCCUGUCCUCGGGCUCAAGAGGUCCUCUCCCGCCGCGAAGUCUGGACGAGCCGCCUUCCAGCGUGUCCUUGAGCAGCCGGAGGAAAAGAAGGAGAGGAGGAAGGAAGAGGAAGAACCAGAAUGCCUUCACUUCCACAGAGCCGGGCUCCUUGUCCGAGGCCCCCUCUGUCCCCUGUAGCGUCUCCUUGCUUGCAGACCCCGGGGCCCGGGACACAGCCCCACCCCAAGGCCAGGCUCCACAAGGUGCUCCGUCCAGCCAGCCGAGCCAGCCCCCGGGCACCGUCCCGAGCCCGCUGGAGGGUGCUGGGCCCCCAGGGCCCCCAGGGCACGCCAAGGCUGGAGGAAGCCCUCUGCCGGACCAGACCACAGGGAGUGCCCCCCAGAAUGGGAAGGGCCGUGACACCCCCAGCCCCUCCAAAGGGGUGGGGGCCACUGCCUCUGCCAGUAAAGACUGUCCUGGGAAGGAAGAUGCUGCCCGGGAACUCCUGCUGCCUGAGUCCAAACAGGGCCCUGAGCCCAGGAAAGAACCACAGACCCCCAGGCAGGAGGCUGGGGCCCACGCCUCUGGGGAAAUUGCCGCUGCGGCCCAGCCUGCUCAGCCAGUGGGAGGGGCUGGCGACAAAGGUAAAGCCAAGGCCAAGACUCAGAAACUGAACCAGCCACCAGCAGGCACCCCUGCUCCCCCAGAACACCACCAGAAAGCUGAACCCAAGAAGAAGAUGGCCGGCCCUGCAGACAAAACAGGUGGAAGUGAGAAGGCCAAGCCGGGGGGUCCAAAGAAACCAGAAGGGAAUAACAAGAGUUGCGUGGCCACCACGAAAAAUGAGAAGGAGCAACGGGACCGCAAAGCCAGAGCGAGUGAGGUUAUGGGGAGCACCCCCCUGAGUGUCCAGGAAGGAAUCACCGUGUACUUCCACGCCAUCAUUCCUAAGGAUUGCAACGUGAACCUCAACCCACACCAGGUGUAUGUCAGGGGCGGAGAGGAAUUUGGGAAGCUCAAAUGGCAGAGUAACGUCUGUGAGAUGCAUUACACCAAAGACCUGCAUGAGAAUGGGUACCUCGUGGAAGGCCAUACCGUCCUUUCCAGGCAGCACGUGGAUAAACCCAUCCCCUACAAGUACGUCAUCGUGGACAGCGACGGCUGCUGCGAGUACGAGUUUAUCUACAAACAAAAGCAGAAGCACGGCGACCACGUCAACCGUUGCCUGGUCGUGAGGUCCGAGCUUCUGGCCUUGGGAGACUGGCACCAGUAUGACGACAUGGUGCGCAUGGAGUCCCCGGGGAAGCUGCAGAAGCUCAUGAGCUCCGUCACCGACAGCAUAAGGAAGGACUUGGUGAAGGGGAAGCAGGUGGCCGCCACCCUCAUGCUGGACAACAUCUUCAGCCUCCUGCAGGACUGGGGCGCCAUCAACCUCAGGAGCUUCCUCGUGCAGUUCCAGCAGUUCUUCUCUGUGGUCAGGGUGCCCAUGAUCUACGAGGGCCAAGCGCAGCCCUGGCUCUCGCUGAAGUACGACGAGAAGGAGGUGAAGAAACACCUGUGGGAGUAUUUGAAAAAUCAAGCAGCGCCACUUCUGGAAAGUAGUGUGGACCCUCUGCCUGAGGACCACCCAGUGAAGAGUCCGUUGAGAAUGGGCCUGAUUGUCCUUUUUGCUGUGGAAAAAUUUAACAUUCCCUUAUCAGACAGUGACCUGAGCAUGCUCUGUACCCUUCUCUGCUCGAACGUCAGGUCACCAGGUGAUCUUCACAGUGACCUAAGUGACAUCUUUGAAACAUAUCAGAGCUGGCAAGAGGCCUUGGUUAACCUGUGCCAAAAAUGCAUGGAGCAAACAGUUGACCUCUGGGUGCUCACCCUGCCCCUCCUGCACUACUGCAUGGAGCUGUUCCUGCAAGGAAAGGACUGCAGGAUGCAGCCUGAGGACACCUGGGCAGCCCUGGAAGGAAUCUCCUUCUCAGAGUUUCGGGAAAAAAGGCCAGAUCAGACACAUCUGGUUAAGCUCAUGAGCAAGUAUAUCCAUCUGCUGAACGUAGACACGUACCUGUUCCGGUCCUGGUUCAGUCUGGUGCCUCUGAGCAACUUGCUUGACUAUAUGGAGAACUUCGUGGAGUAUCAGAGUCACAUCCCUGCUUGCAUCCUGGACUGCCUUCAAGGGACUUGGUACCGGCUUCAACACCAUACAAAACUCUCCAAGAGACAUCAGGAGAACAUUGGGAAGAUAUUAACGAGGCUGUUGGACCUCCUGAAUAUUUAUCAGGACAAGAUUCUUGAGGAGCCCUUGAUACAGUCCUACUUGACUGUGUGCCAGAAACUUCACGAAACUAUCUGCAGCAUCACAAAAGACGAAAGACUUUAUGAGCUGCUUGCCUUAUCUGCUGAGAUUGUUUGCAGAAUUAUUACACUUCAGCCUCUAGUGCAGGAUUCGGCCGAGGGCCUGGGAAAGGAAGCCAGGAGGAAUUCUGUGCAUGCGGUGUUCCAGGGGACCAUCAUCAACACCAGAGCUUGGCUGCAGAGCGUUUUUCGGGAGCGUAUCUUCAAUAUCAUUGGUGCCAGGGCAGUUCUCACCUUCAGAUACACAGAUGAAAUCAAGGUCUGGAGGCAGCUGAUGAAGAUAAACUUCCCCGUGGAGUAUGGCUGGAAGGAGUCCUUGCUGGAGGACUUGGAAGGGAGAAUCAAACAGGAGAAGCCUUUCGACCAGAUUUGUAUCUUCUGUGGCCCCCAGUGGGAUGCCAGGGGGCAGGAAGAUAGUGUGUCAAAAUGCUUCGAGAAGUGUGUCGUUGAAGCAGUGAGCGCAGCCAGCCAGAAUCAGACCAGUAUUCUAGAGAGGAUCUCUUACCACAACCUGCAGAAUUUCGGCACCCUUGUGUCGGCUGUGAUCACAAAGUCCUGGCCGAGGAACGAGGACGCCCCACGCUACCUGGAUGAGGUCUUGAAGCACCUGCUCACAUGUCCGGACAUCAAGCAUCUCUUCAAAUUGUGCAGAACCAACCAGAAGAUAUUAGCCAACAUCACCGAGGACAGCAAGGAGCUGUUGGCUACCGGCAGCUCUGUGUUCAUGAAAGUCGGCGAGGACCUCCUGCACGGCACCAUUUUGGUCAGACACCUGGAGCUCAUCGAGAAGCACACGGAUCAGUUCCUGGGCAUCUGGGAGUCGAACAGAAAGAGUCUUUCAUCCCUGGAGAAUGAACACAACGUGGGGGAAGUGCUGGUCUGGAGAAAGGAUGAGCUGAGCUCUCUGAAGAGGGAGAAGAAAUGUGUGAGCAGUCUCCUGAGCAUGUGCGAGAAGGUGAAACAGCUGGUCCAAGUGGAUCUGGAAAAGAUGGUGGAGAAAAACUUGGAAGAUCUGGGCAGUAAAAGACUGUGUGACGUUGUGACAGUGAGGCUGUCAUCCAGCUCCCCGGACGUGAAGAGGACAGUGCAUUACAACCUGAGUCCCCACAUCCAAGAGAUGGCCGAGAAGGUGGACCAGCUGAAGGACAGCCACAUCUUCCAGGUCUUCUGGGAAAACACCACGGAGGGGCUGAGAAAACCCGAGGAGGAGCUGGAACAACAGAUUCUUCAGCUUGAGGAGGUGUAUACAUACCUGUAUGUCCCUUGUUUCAAGAAGUUUAUGAAACUGUAUGAGGAUCUGAGGUCAGGCAAGAUCACCUUUCAGGAGGUCAACACUGUCUUCAAGGACUUUGUGAAUAAAUACAGCAACCUCACUUCCGACCUCCGGACCAUGUGUGCCCUGGACCCCAGCGACCAGCAGGACUGGAUCGAGGAUCGCGUUGCGCAGAUCCAGGAGUAUCAUCACCUGGACCAGGCUGUCAGCUCAGCCAAGGUCAUCUUGGAGGUCAAGGAGAAUUUGGGCCUGAUUGGCAACUUCAGUAUUCUGCACACUUUGUUACACUUUACUGACAACUUUGACAAGUACCGCCACGAGAAGCUGGAGCGGAUCAGCAGGGAGCUUAUCAAUGCCAAAAAGCUGCUGGAGGACAUCAGUGAGACGCGGUCCCAGUGUCUGAAGGAGCUGGCCCUGAGGAAGGAGUUCAUUAGCUGGGUCCGGGAGGCUCUUGGAGGCAUCAACGAGCUGAAGGUGUUUGUGGACCUGGCCUCUAUCUCGGCGGGGGAGAACGACAUCGACGUGGACCGGGUGGCCUGCUUCCACGAUGCCGUGCAGGGCUCCGCGUCGCUGCUGUAUAAGCUGGACACGAGUGCAGGAUUCAAUGAGUUCAUGAUGCACCUCAAAGAAAUGUGGAAGGCUCUGGAGAAAGAUCCGCACCUGCCCCAUAAACUGCGUGACUCCGCCAGGAACUUGGAGUGGCUGAAAACCGUGAGGGAAAGCCACGGGUCAGUAGAACUCUCUUCCCUGUCACUGGCGACAGCCAUCAACACCAAAGGCAUCUAUAUGAUUGGGGCCCCCACAGAUGGCCAAAAGAUCUCCCCAGACACGGUUCUGCAGUUGCUCCUGCCUGAAAGCCACGGAGACCAUGAGGAGGUGCGAGUCUACUCUUUGGAACAGCUCAAGGAGCUUCUGAACAAAUUAAUGCUGAUGUCUGGCAAGAAGGAUCACGGCAAUGUCCAAGUAGAGGUGUUCUCCAAGGUGUUCUCCAAUGUGCAGAGGCUCGUCCAGUCCUUCAUAAACCUUUACUGUGCCGGAAACAUGCUGUUCAGGGCCUGGAAAGCUGAGGUGUACUGCUCCCCCCGGCACGGCGUCUCCCUUCGGAUGGACUUCUGCUUGACGCUCAUAAACCAGCUCAAGGGCACUGGGCCGGUGGUCGAGCUGUUGGAGGCCGUCAGCAGGCAGAUGGAGGACUUCCUGGACCACUGGAUAAGCUUCGUGGCAGAGAAGCGGGCCAAGCACUUUUAUCUCAACUACUACACCGCCGAGCAGCUUGUGUACCUGAGCACACAGCUCAAGGAACAGAAGCCCAGCACUGCCGCCCUCACCAUGCUGUCCUUCAUCAAAGGCAACUGCACCCUGAGGGACGUCAAAGAGGCCCUCCGGGGGUCCAGUGGCAAGGCUGCCAGGCACCACGAGAGGACAGCGGCCGAGGGAUUGAGGCAGGCGCUCCCGCAUGAGUUCAGCCUGGUGGACAAGCUGCGGGCCAUCCUGGAGCAGUCGAUGGUGUGCAUGAGUGCCUUCCUGCCCCACUGCCUGGACCUGGAGGCCCUCGGCCUCUAUCUGGCCUCCCUGGCCCGCAUGAACAGACACCCGGUGGAGCGGGACCUCCCCAAAGGCCUGCACGUCGGCCAGCCCAACCUCAUCGUCUGUGGCCACUCGGAGGUGCUGCCGGCGGCCCUGGCCAUCUACAGGCACAUGGAGAACGAGCCCCUGCCCACCUUCGACGAGAUGCUGCUCUGCACCCCGGGAACCACAUUUGAGGAGGUGGCGCUGCUCCUGCGCCGCUGCCUGACCCCAGGCUCCAGGGGGCGCGGGAUCUACAGCCUGCUGUAUGCGGACCUGCUGAGCUACGAGGUGGCCUGCCAGGCGGAGACGCUCUUCCUGAACCUGUGCUUGCAGUCGCAUCAGGGUGACUUCCAGCUGGUGAUGAUCUGCGACUCCCAGCGGGAACACUGCCACCUGCCCUCGGCCUUCAGCCAGCACAAAGUCCUUAUCACCCCCCAGGCACCCCUCCAAGACAUCCAGGCCUACCUGGCUAAGCAUUUCCAGGUGCCCGAGAACAUGCCGUCGGCCGCCGAUGUGUUCCGGGACCGGAUGUGCGUGGGGGUCGUGACCUCCAAGAGAGCUGGCGUUGGAAAGUCUCUAUAUGUGGAGAGGUUACAUAGCAAACUGGAAAGGAAGCUUAGAGACAAAGAAGUGCCCCUGAAAGUUAUCCGACUCAUCGACCCUCAGGUGGACGAGAAAAAAGUGCUGAGCUCCCUCCUGCCUUUCCUGAAGUCCUACUACCAGACGAUGCCUGUGAUCUUCCACUUUGAUGUGACCUCUUCCGUGCAGACUGGACUUUGGGUGUUCAUUUUCAAGCUCCUCAUCCUGCGGUACUUAAUGGAUAUAAAUGGGAAAAUAUGGCUUCGGAACCCGCGCCACUUAUACAUCAUUGAAAUCCUGGAAACGACUCCAGCACUACCCAAGGCACCUUCAAGACGGAGCACACACACCCCCCAGUUCAAUUUUCUGGACGUCUUCCCAAAAGUCACCUGCCGGCCUCCCAAAGAAGUGAUAAACAUGGAGCUGAAUCCUGAAGAGAGCUACAAUGAUCCAGGGAUGGAUCUGACAGUGUUCCGUAGUGAGACUUUCCAGAGGCCUUAUCAGUAUUUGAAACGGUUCCACGAGAAAAAAAACCUCGACAACUUUCAGUACCAGGAAGGCUUUGUGGAAGGCACCCCUGAGGAAUGCCUUCAGUAUUUCCUGAUUUACUGUGGGUUGAUUGAUCCAUCCUGGUCAGAGCUACAGAACUUUGCCGGGUUCCUGAAUUAUCAGCUCAGAGAUUGUGAGGCCUCUGCCUUCUGUAACUCACACGUGGUUGGAGACACACUGCAAGGUUUCAAGAACUUUGUGGUCACCUUCAUGAUCUUCAUGGCAAGAGAUUUUGCCACACCAACACUUCACACGAAUGACCAAAGCCCAGGGAGGCACGCAGUCAUCAUGGACGGGGUCAGGGACGAAGACCUAGCCCCUUUCUCUCUCCGGAAGAGGUGGGAAUCAGAGCCUCACCCGUACGUGUUCUUCAAUGGUGACCACACGUCCAUGACCUUCAUAGGCUUCCACAUCCAAUCCAACAGGAAUGCCAGCCUUGAUGCCAUUCAUCCCUCCAGUGGAAGGGUGAUCAAGAAAGACGUCAUGGGGCAGAAACUGUACCAGGGGUUGUUGCUGCAGAGGGUGCCUUUCAAUGUUGACUUUGAUCAGCUGCCCAGGCAAGAGAAACUUGCAAAGCUCUGCCUGGCAUUGGGCAUCCAGUGCCCCAUAGACCCUGAUGACACCUAUGAGAUCACAACGGACAAUAUGCUAAAGAUCCUGGCCAUCGAGAUGCGGUUCCGGUGUGGGAUCCCCGUCAUCAUCAUGGGAGAGACUGGCUGUGGGAAAACCAGGCUCGUUAAAUUCCUCAGUGACCUGCGAUGUGGGAGCACCAAAGCUGAAACCAUGAAGCUGGUCAAGGUCCACGGUGGAACCACUGCGGAGAUGAUCUAUGCCAAAGUCCGGGAGGCAGAGAAACUAGCUCUCCUCAAUAAGGAACAACAUCAACUGGACACCAUCUUGUUCUUCGAUGAGGCCAAUACAACGGAAGCCAUAAGCUGUAUCAAGGAAGUCCUGUGUGAUCAUACAGUGGACGGCCAGCCCCUGGUCAAGGACUCGGGCCUUCAAAUCAUAGCGGCCUGCAACCCUUACCGGAAGCACUCGCAGGAGAUGAUCUGCCGUUUGGAGUCAGCCGGUUUGGGAUACAGGGUCAGGGCAGAGGACACGGCAGAGAGGCUUGGCUCCAUCCCCCUGAGGCAGCUGGUGUACCGAGUGCACGCUCUGCCGCCCAGCCUGAUCCCGCUGGUGUGGGACUUCGGACAGCUGAAUAACAAUGCCGAGAAGCUCUACAUCCAGCAGAUCAUGCAGAGGCUGGUGGGCUCCAUCAGGAUAGAUGAAGAUAAGACUCAUGUGAUCACAGAAGUGCUUUCCACCUCUCAGGGUUUCAUGAGGACGAGAGUAAAUGAGUGCAGCUUUGUCAGCCUCAGGGACGUAGAGCGCUGUGUCAGAGUGUUCAGAUGGUUUUACAACCGCAGUGAGAUGCUCCUAGCAAAGCUGGAUUCCUUUCUCCAACAGUCCCAUGUCAGCAAAAACAACUUUAAGAGAGAUCCUGUCCUCUGGUCCCUGGUGCUGGCCCUUGGGGUGUGCUAUCACGCCUCUUUAGAACAGAAGGAACCAUAUUGGAAAGACAUCUGCGUGUUCUUUCCAGAACCAUAUAACGAUAGCAAGGUGAUCCUGGAGGAGAUAACUCAAACUCAGGAUCUUUUUCUAGAUGGUGUGUCCUUAAGGAAAACCAUUGCUAGGAACGCGGCUUUGAAGGAGAAUGUCUUCAUGAUGGUUAUCUGCAUUGAGCUGAAGAUUCCCCUCUUCCUAGUGGGGAAGCCCGGCAGCUCCAAAUCUCUUGCUAAGACCGUCGUGGCAGAUGCCAUGCAAGGCCCAGCGGCUCACUCGGACCUCUUCCGGAGCCUAAAGCAGGUCCAUCUGGUGUCAUUCCAGUGCAGCCCACAUUCUACCCCGCAAGGCAUCAUAAGCACGUUCAAGCAGUGUGCCCGCUUCCAGCAGGAGAAGGACCUAUACCAGUACGUCUCCGUGGUGGUGUUGGAUGAGGUUGGGCUGGCCGAAGACUCACCUAAAAUGCCCCUGAAGGCUCUGCACCCACUGUUGGAAUACGGGUGCAUCGAAGACAAUCCCGCCCCCCACAAAAAGGUUGGCUUCAUAGGCAUUUCCAACUGGGCCCUUGACCCUGCCAAGAUGAACCGAGGUAUUUUUGUGUCACGCGGCAGUCCCAACAAGAAAGAGCUCAUAGAGAGCGCGAAGGGGAUUUGCUCUUCAGAGCCCUUAGUUCAGAAAAGAGUCCAAGGGUUCUUUGCACCCUUUGCCAAAGCCUAUGAAACAGUGUGUGAGAAGCAAGACAAGGAAUUCUUUGGCCUUCGUGACUACUAUAGCCUCAUCAAGAUGGUCUUUGCCAAGGCAAAGGCUUCUAACAAAGAGCCCUCCCCGCAAGAUAUUGCACAGGCUAUCCUUCGGAACUUCAGUGGCAAAGAUGACAUCCAUGCUCUGGACAUUUUUACAGCCAAUUUACCUGAGGCAAAGUGCUCGGAAGAAGUCAGCACCAUGCAGCUGAUCCAGCAGAACAUGUACGGCGACCUUCAGACAGUGCCAGGCAGGGAGCUGGAUGACUCUGAAUCCCGCUACCUACUCGUGCUGACCAGAAACUACGCGGCCCUGCAGGUCCUGCAGCAGCAGAUGUUCUUCAGUGAGAACCAGCAGCCAGAGAUCAUUUUUGGUUCCAGCUUUCCUAGGGACCAAGAGUACACCCAGGUCUGCAGGAACAUCAACCGAGUGAAGAUCUGCAUGGAAACUGGCAAGAUGGUGGUGCUGCUCAACCUGCAGAGCCUCUACGAGAGCCUCUACGAUGCACUGAAUCAGUACUACGUCUACCUCGGAGGCCAGAAGUACGUGGACCUUGGUCUGGGGACCCAUCGGGUCAAAUGUCGGGUUCACCCAGACUUCCGCUUGAUAGUCAUUGAAGAGAAAGAUGUUGUCUACAAACACUUUCCCAUCCCCCUCAUUAACCGGCUGGAGAAACACUAUCUGGAUAUCAACACCGUUUUGGAGAAAUGGCAGAAAAGUAUUGUGGAAGAGCUCAAGACCUGGGUGGAGAACUUUGUAGAGGUGAAAACAGAACAGUUUAUAGCCACACACAAAUACAGCCCUUCUGAAGUCUUCAUUGGCUACCACCCUGACGCUUGUGCCUCAGUGGUGCUCCAGGUCACGCAGAGGCUAGGUCCCAACUUCCCGACUGAUGAACUUUACCAGAAGGUGUCUCAGGAGGCCAAGCUGGUACUGCUGGGUUGUGCCACGCCAGAUGCGGUGGUUCGGCUGGGUACUACCUCCCUGGGCCUGUUCACUGCACAAUUCCUGUCUCGAGAAUACUACCACAAGCAGCAACAUAACUCCUUUGCAGACUUCCUUCAGGCUCAGCUUCACGCAGUGGAUCUGGAACGCCGUGUCAUCUUCACAGAGAUCACCACUUUCUCCAGACUGCUGACCAGCCAUGACUGUAAAAUUUUGGAAUCAGAAGUAAUGGAUGGAGACGUGAGGCCUACAAUCCUGUCUCUGCAGCAGUUUGACACCGAGAGCUCAUUCCUCAGAAGAGUCCAAAACUGCUUAACUAAUGUAGCCAAAUGUAAAAUCCUCAUUAUUCAAAUGGAUUUUGAAGAUGGAGUCCGUAGUGCUCAGCUCAUUGCUUCAGCUAAGUAUUCGGCCAUAAAUGAAAUCAACAAGAUACAAGGCAAUGAGGACCGCAUCUUGGUCUAUUUCAUCACAAAACUGUCCCGAAUGGAAAGUGGAGCAGCCUACGUGGGAUUCCAUGGAGGCCUGUGGCAGUCCGUGCACAUUGAUGACCUCCAGAAGUCCACGGUCAUGAUUGCAGACGUGACUAAGUUGCAGGAUGUGGCCAUCAGCCAGCUCUUUGAGCCAGAAGAGAAGCCUAAACUGGAGACGGGACAGGAGGCCGGAGACGGCCUGGGGGAGGCGAUGGAGAUCGAGGCUUCUGCGUCAGGGGAGGCGGCGGAGGGGAGCUCGGCACCGGAAGGCAGCUGGCGUGGGGAGCGGGGCAGGAGCGAUGUCCUGGACACCAGCAGCCUGCUGCGCAGCUGCGUGCAGGGCGCCGUGGGCAUGCUCCGGGACCGGGAGGAGGCCCGCCCGCGCGGCAUGCAGCGCGUGGAGAUCCUUCUGGGCCUGCUGAGCGAGGACGACGCCGACAGAGGUGCGGGGGCCCGGGCCGUGCCCAGCGCGCGGCCCCUCGGCUCCCCUGCAGCCGCCUUCCUGCGGGUGUGCAAGGCGCGCCUCCACCGCCUCCUCAAGCAGCAGGAGGAGAGCAGCGCGUUCAGCAGGAAGGACUGGGUGUCCCGGGAAGCCUCGAAUCAGGACGCGCUCCAGGAGGCAGGCACGUUCAGGCAGACCCUCUGGAAGCGGGUCCAGGGCAUGGUGACCCCUCUCCUGGCGAGCAUCGUGUCUGUCCUGGACAGAGACAGCAACCUCGAGCUAUUGAUCAGACAAGAUGCUCCAUCCUGGACAAGAGAUCUUUGGAUGUUUAUUUUCCAGGACACAAAGCUUCUGAACAUUCCUCUUGUGACAUAUGAUAUGAGAUCCAAAAGUGAGAUGCCCUACAUCAUGGUGCACAACGACAUGAGCCCUCCCGAGGGCGUGUCCGGUGACGUCCCGUUUAGCUGGAGGAUCAAAGACUAUCUGGAGGAGCUGUGGGUCCAGGCUCAGUAUAUCACUGGGGCUGAAGCAGGGCUGUCCAAGAAGUUAGUGGAGAUCUUUCAGCAGACCCCCCUGGGCAGGUUCCUCGCUCAGCUCAGUGUCAAGCAGCAGCAAGAACUGUUUGUGAGCUACAUGAAGGACUUCCUGCUCUUGACCAUGAGACCGUCCACGUGGGAUCAACUGAACGUUUUGCAUAUGGCACUGUGGUCCUGCAUCAAUCAACUGCACACGCAGAGGCCCGACGAACAGCUUUCCCUGCCGUGGGUGCACCUGGCUUACCAGCACUUCAGGAGCCGACUACAAAACCUGUCCAGAAUCUUGACUAUUUAUCCCCAGAUUCUGCAAGUGCUCUUGUGCAACAUGACCGAGAGCACAAGGAAUGACAGAUUGGACAGAAAUGAGCUGACUCUGGAUGCACUGGCAGCAGUGGCCUGCACGGAGGUGCUCACGAGGGACAUCCUGAAGCCCAGCCCCCAGGCGUGGCUGCAGAUGGUGAAGAACCUGUCCAUGCCGCUGGAGCUCCUGGGCUCGAAAGGGUACCUGCAGAGCUGUGGGAGGAUGGCCAGAGAUGCCAUCCGAGAAGUCAGAAUCCACUGGAACCGCAUCUUCCCCGUGGCCCUCUUCGUGGAACACGUGGUCCUGGGGGUCAGGAACAAGAUUCCUGAGCUGCAGGCACUGGUGACUGACCACCUCUUCCUGCUGAACAAGUAUCUGCAGGACGACUCUGACAUCAAGACAUACAGGCCUUUUGUCACAGUGAUGCAUACUCUCUGUAAAUGCAAGGAACAGGCCAGCAAGACCCUGUCCAGGUUUGAGAUCCAGCCGUGCCCCGUGUGCCUGGGAGAUGCCCAGGAGCCGGUCUCCCUGCCCUGUGGCCAUGUGUUCUGCCUGAGAUGCAUCAACACCUGCAUCACCCUGGGGCAGAUGGCAUGCCCCUAUUGUUUAACAGACUUACCAAAAGACUUCUCUCUAACGGUGAACCAAGAGCACAGGGAUGCCAUCAGGAAGCACGCCUGCCUCCGGCAGAUGUGCAACAGUUUCUUCUUAGACCUGGUCUCCACCGUGUGCUUCAAGGAUAACACGCCACCAGAGAAGGACGUGAUCGACGUCCUGCUAAAUUUGCUCUUUGUACAAAAGGAGUUCCUAAGAGACACUCCCCAAAGACACUGUGAACACACAAAAUCUCUCUCUCCGUUCGACGACAUUGUGGAUAAGACCCCCGUCAUCCGCUCCGUGGUCCUGAAACUGCUUUUGAAGUACAGCUUCCAAGAAGUAAAAGAUUAUAUCCAGGCUUACUUGUCCCUGCUACAGCAGAAGGCCCUGGUAACUGAAGAUAAAACCGAGCUGUACAUCCUGUUUAGCAACUGCCUGGAGGAUUCACUGUACGAGAAGACCAGUGCUCUGUCUACCAGCGAGGAGCUGAGGUACCUGAGAGAAGAAGGAGCCUUUCUGAAGACCUACUCGAUGUGGUGCAGCCCAGAGCCUGCCAGCGAGGCCUCCGUGGAAUACCUGCAGGAGAUGACCCGCAUCCGCCUGUGUCUCAACAAGGCUUCCGACUUCCUCAGCGAGCUUCAGGACAGCUCAGAGACGGCCAGGGAGAAGCAGUGCUACCUGCAGCAGGUCGAGCGCUUCUGCAGACAAGCCAAGAAUGACUGGUACCGGGUGUACCUGGUGCGGAAGCUCUCCAGCCAGCGAGGGAUAGAGUAUGUGCAGCAAUUCUGUGCACAGGGCCAUCCGGCACGCUGGAUCUUCCCGGAGGAGGCCUUGCUGCGGGAGGAGAAUAUGCUAAGCCAGAUGGAUCGAUACCUGGUGCAUGGUGACAAAUAUAAGGCUCUUCGUGACACAGUGGGCAAAGCCAUCCUCCAGAACGAGCCCCUGACUACUGUGGCUGUUCUGAAGGGGGGCAGGAACCACGAUCCUGAGUUGGCGGCCCACUUACUGUUAGUGCUCUUCAGAGAGGUUGCCGUGCUGUACCAAUCCUGCAACACUAGCCUCCACCCUAAGCCAGAGCAAUGUGAGGCUCUGAACGCGUUCAUCGAGGAAGGCAAGAUCUUUUCUUCUCCGCACAUGAGGCAUUUUGCAGCAUCCCUGGUGAACAACACGCUGCCCCUGCUGAGGACAGGUCCCAGGGACAGCAGCCUCCAGGGCACAGUGGCAGAACUGGCUGUUCACACCGCAGCUGUCCUCCUGUGUGGACAGGGUGACAUCCUGGAACCCCUGAAGAGUCUGGCCUUCUCCCCGGCUGACAUGGUGAACUCUUAUCUUCCGACGAUGCCCGAAGACUUGCUGGUUCAGGCUCGGAAUUGGAAGGGUCUGGAGACCCUCUCCUGGUACAUGUGUCCCAACGGUCACCCGUGCUCUGUGGGAGAGUGCGGGAAGCCAAUGGAGAAGAGCCACUGCAUUGACUGUGGUGUCCAAGUUGGAGGGGUUAACCACAGUCCUGAGACCGGAUUUCAUGUUAUCACAGACAAGACGGACAGAACACAGAAGGGCCACGUGCUGGGAGCCCCGCCGUCCAGAGACAAGGUGCUGGUGUCUGACCGGGAGCUGGCCCCGGACGUCUUCCUGCUCAUCCGGUUGCUCACACACCUGGCCCUGCUCCUGGGAGCGACCCAGAGGCCUGAGGCUGUGAUGAACAUCAUCAAGCCUCCAGUGCGGGAUCCCAGCAGCUUUCUGCAGCGGCACAUCCACAGGGACCUGGAGCAGCUGGCAAAGACGCUGGGGAGGAGCGCCGACGAGGCCACCACCACCGUGCACCUCAUGCUGUGCAGCCUCCUCCGCGGGCAGCGCCGCCUCUCCAGCUGGAGGCCUUUCUGUUUCAAGGCAAACCUGGAGACCCGAGAGCAGAGAAACAGCUGGGAGAAAGCCAUGCAGACCCUCCUUCUCCCUGAGCUGGAGCACCUGGAGAAAGCCCUGCUGACGGUCACUGCCAGCAUCAGCCAAGAUGAACGGAUCAGCUCCAACCCUGUGGCCAGAAUCGUGUACAAGGACCCAACAGUCUUCCUGCCCCACCUGCCCCGGAAGAGCGUGUUCCACUGCUCUAAGAUGUGGACCUGCAGGAGGAAGGUCACCGUUGACUACCUCCAGCACAUUGUGGAGCAAAAGAACGGCAAAGAAAGCGUGCCCAUCCUCUGGAAGUUCCUGCAGAAGGAGGCAGAGCUGAGACUCGUGAGGUUCUUGCCUGAGAUCCUGGCCCUGCAGAGGGACCUAGUGAGGCGGUUCCAGAACGCUUCCGAAGCCGACUACCAGUCCAUCCGAUCCUUCAUUAGCAGCCACCAGGGAGAUGGGUUGAAGCAGUUGUUUCACAGAAGAAUCCAGAUCUUUCUGUCAACUUGGAAUAAGCUGAGGAGAUCACUGCAGACCAACGGUGAGAUCAAGCUGCCAGACAGCUACUGCAGUGCCGACCUGGACAUGGACACCAACUUCGAGGUCAUCCUGCCGCGCCGCCGCGGCCUGGGCCUCUGUUCCACCGCCUUAGUCAGCUAUCUGAUCAGCCUGCACAACGAGAUGGUCUAUGCGGUGGGAAAGUUCUCCGACGAAAACAACAGCUACUCCGUAGACGCCUCUGAGGUCACAGACCUGCACGUGAUCAGCUACGAGGUCGAGCAGGACCUGAUGCCACUGAUCCUGUCCAACUGCCAGUACCAGGUGGAGCAGGGCAAGGAGACACUGCAGGAGUUCGACCUGGAGAAGAUCCAGCGCCAGGUCACCAGCCGCUUCCUCCAGGGCAAGCCCAGGAUCACCCUCAUGGGAAUACCCACUCUGGUGUACAGACGUGACUGGAACUAUGAACAGCUCUUCAUGGAGAUCAAGAACAAAAUGCUACAGAAACCCCUCCCCAACGCGACCAUCAGCUCCAUCCGCGGACAGCUGCCAUCCUACAGCGAUGGCUGCAAGGCUCUGUCUGUCAUAGAGGUCACUCUGGGGUUCCUGAGCACGGCCGGCGGUGACCCCAACAUGUCCUUGAAUGAGUACGUCCAAGACAUGCUGCGCAUGGGCGACCAGGCAGAACUGGUACUAAAGGCCUUCAACAGAUGCCAGCUGAAGCAUGCCAUCGCCCUCUGGCAGAUCCUGUCCGCCCACAGGUCGGAACAGCUGCUCCGCCUGCAAAAGGAGCCCUUCAGGGAAAUUAGCAGCCGGUACAAAGUUGGUCUCAGCCCAGAAAAUGCCAAGUGUCUCAGCACUUUCCUGAAUCAGAUGGACCUCGACGCCUUCCUCCUGGAGCUCCAUGAGAUGAUGAUCUUGAAACUGAAGAGCCCCCAGGCCGAGGACAACUUCAGACCUGAGUGGAGCCUGAGAGACACCCUAGUAAGUUACAUGGAAACCAAAGACAGUGAAAUUCCUCCUGAGCUAGAGUACCAGUUCCCAGAGGAGAUCCUGCUGAGCAACUGUGUCCCCGCCUGGAGCCUGGCUGUCGGGCUGAAGCGGGCUCGGCAGGCAACGUAGAGCCCGCCCUGCUGGCGACUGGGGACACGGGCUCCUCCGUCCUCCGCCCCGGCGUGCUGUGCCCUGCGCCACACCGCUCCUGGAACAGAUGCGCGGUCCUGGCCUGCCUCACCUCCCUCCCGGGGCUGGGGGUGCUGCCGGGAGGGGAGGCCUGGGGGCCACGCAGGCCGAGGAAGCAGCAUUCUUGGUUUUGCUUCCGUUCUCUCGCUAACGCACCCUACACGCACGGGGAGAGUCCCGCUUGCUUCUUCCUUCCAUUCCUCGUUUGCACAAUGAAGAGCCUGGAGUGACGGCCAGAUUUGCUUCUGACUCUAAAGAUUUAUCAGUUAAAGUUGGAUCAAAGGCAUGCUUCCGGCAUUCUCAUGGGAACUUCUGGACGGUCCAGCCUCCUGCUAAAUAUAUGCGUGGUCUUGACGUGGCCUCAGUGUCCCUGACGUGGGACUCUCCGGUCCUUCCUCUGAAUCUCAGCCACGGCAUAAAAACAGACUCAGAACACAGAACCCACUAAGUUUCUGAAAAAGGAAAAAAGGAAAAGACUAGCCAACCAGCUCUGAUCCUGUGCCUUUCUUACUGUGAGAGUUGGGUCUCUUUUGCACAAUGUCCUCGGAUACUUGUGGCCUCCGGACGGUCUCCUGCUCCCAGGUGGCUCAGCACCCAUCGGCACUGGGACGACUGCUGUUGACAAGUCACAGGCAAAUGUCUUCAGUUUACAUUCUGAAUGAGUUAAUGACUCCAUCAACUUGAAACCGGGUCCUCGGGGUGAGAGCUGCAGGAGCGGAAAAUGCUGCCAGGACCGCUGGAACUCUGUAGCUACAGUGGAGGAAGCCUCAGGCCGAAGAAACUGCCCCCCACGCUCCUCGGGGUCUGAUGAAGGGGAUGCACGGGAAUCCAGACCCCUCAGAGAUUAACCUGAUACAACAUCCAUUUGCACCGAGUAAACUAGGAUUGCUCAGAUUCUAGACUAUGCACAGGUACCCCCCCACCUUCCACCAGGGUUGCCCAUUUCGUGGACCAAGGGGGUGGGGGGAACUUCUUCAGGUCCUCGACUUGCACUUGGAAUUCCUUUGAUACCUCCAAGUUGGGACGGAGCUGGUGUGGCCAUCAGGUGCUGCUCUGCGUCCUCACCGUGCCACACCUUACCGGGGGAGUCCGGUGACAAUCUUGUGCUAUAAAGCUUUUUUUUUUUGGCUGGGAAUUUCCCCCCUACUUUUAUGAAAGGUUUUUUAAUGAUUUUGUUUUGUAUGCUAUGCUUUCAAAGCCUUAACUGUCUUAUCUAGCAUUAUCUCAUUUGUACAAAAACACACUGGCGUAGCACAGGCAAAUGUAAAUUUUAUUAUACUUGUCAUACUUGUUUUCAAUAAACUUGAGUUUUGCUGCUAAAA